AUGGCCCUCCAAGGCCUUCGAAUUGAUGGUAUCCGACUGCGGGACUCAAAAGAUCGUGAAGUGACCUUCAGAGGUAUCAACGUUGCUGGGGACUGCAAAUUCCCUCGCGUUCCGGACCAGCCCUCCCAUGAUCCCAAUGACUUCUUCGAGGGUGCUGAGAGUGUCUCAUUCGUUGGCCGACCGUUCACUGAGGAGGAGGCACACAUCCACUUUGCCAGGCUGAAGAGGUGGGGUUAUAAUGUUGUUCGAUAUAUUUUCACUUGGGAGGCUUUAGAACAUGCUGGUCCUGGCAAAUAUGACGAGCCGUUCAUCGAGCAUACGAUUAAGAUCUUGAGAAUUGCAAAAUCCUACGGCCUCUAUAUUUUUAUGGAUCCACAUCAGGAUGUUUGGUCAAGGUUCAGUGGAGGCUCCGGAGCUCCUCUUUGGACGUUAUAUGCUUGUGGUCUGAACCCUAGAACCUUUACUGCCAACCAGGCCGCUGUCGUUCACAACACCUGGCCGGACCCGGCAGAGUACCCAAAGAUGCUAUGGCCGACAAAUUAUACGCGGUUGGCGUGUGAGACGACAUUCACUCUUUUCUAUGCUGGACGUGAUCUGGCGCCAAAUGCUAUAAUCGAUGGUAAGAAUAUUCAAGAUUACCUGACGGAUCAUUUUAUCGCUGCAUGUGCACAUCUCGCGCAACGGAUCCACGAUGCCGGUGGGCUGGAAGAUGAGUGCAUUAUUGGGUGGGAAACCAUGAAUGAGCCACAUCGAGGAUUGGUUGGCUGGGAGGACUUAGACGCCCUUCCAGACGAGCUGAAGAUGAGAAAGGGUACAUGUCCUACACCCUGGCAGGCCAUCCUUACGGGUGCUGGUCGAGCUGUGGAGGUCGAUGUAUACUCUUUCAAUACCUUUGGACCAUAUAAAAGUGGGAGAGAAUUGAUCGAUCCGGAAGGUGUUCAGGCUUGGUUGUCAGAGGAUCACGACGACACCAAAUACGGAUGGAAAAGAGAUCCUGGUUGGAAGCUCGGCGAGUGUCUUUGGGCGCAAAAUGGCGUAUGGGACCCGAGUCAAGACCUAUUGUUGAAGAAGGAUUACUUCGCUUCCAUACCGAAAUCGGGGGAGAAACUGGACUACGAGAAGUUCACCAACCUCUACUAUAUGCACCAUUUCCGAAAGUAUAGAGACGCGAUUCGGGCAAUCCACAAGAAUUGUAUUAUUUUGGUCCAGUCGGCUGUCCUGGAAAUCCCCCCAUCCAUCAAAGGUACACUUGAUGAUGAUCAGCGGCUUAUCUUUGCGACGCACUACUACGAUGGGGUCACCUUAAUUCAAAAGCAUUGGAACAAAUUUUACAACGUCGAUAUCUUCGGCCUUCUGCGGCAUCGCUACUCGAAUCCAGUGUUCGCCGUGCGGCUUGGGGAGACAGCUAUUCGAAAUUGCCUCCGUGAUCAACUCAGGGCAAUCAGAGACGAAGGCAUGCAAUAUCUGGGCGAUCAUCCCACCCUGUUCACAGAGAUUGGAAUUCCAUAUGACAUGGACGACAAAUAUGCGUAUAAGACGGGGGAUUAUUCAAGCCAAACUUCAUCUUGUGAUGCCAAUCACUUUGCGGUGGAAGGAUCAGGUGCUCAGGGGUUCACAUGGUGGACGUAUGUUGGCCAGAACAACCACCAAUGGGGCGAUAAGUGGAAUGGUGAAGACCUCUCGAUCGUAUCUGUCGACGAUCAAUUACUGCCAAGUGGCUCGAGUACUCUCCCAUCGGCGAAUCCUUCCACACUUUCACUUCCUCAGAACCGUCUGUCUUCCUCAGACACAACCUUGAAUGAUCCAACAGUGACACCUGCAAACCUCAAAAUGGCCCUAAAGCGACCCUCGAUCACACAAGAACGUUCAACUGCACCCUCUGACCUAGCCUCGAAUCCAGGUGCCCUUCGCUCAGCCGAAGCCUAUGUGCGACCCUCACCCAUCGCCACAGUGGGUGAUGUCGUCAGCUAUGGCUUUGAUCUACGCAGCGUGACUUUCAAGUUCAGCCUCGUGGCCUCGAAGCCAACAACAGAAGAAGUCCCCACCGAGAUCUUCCUGCCAGAAUUCCACUUCCCGUCAGGUAAGACGGAUGUAACGGUCACUGGCGGUCGAUGGAGGAUCGAUGUUCUGGAUGUUGACGGCGAGGGCAUGCAGGUCAUGAAGUGGUGGCAUGGGGCCGGUGAGCAGAGCAUUACAGUCAAGGGAGUGGUGAGGAAAGCCGGCUCGCUCGAGGUGGACGAUGAUGCUGAAGCUGGGUAUUUCGAGACCAUGACUAAAACGGUUCAGAAUUGCUCGGUUAUGUGA